AUGGAUGGUCCUUCUCGACUGACUGUCCCUGGGAGAGUCCCCGACAAAAGAUAUUCUCUCUUUGAUAUCAUCAACCGUAUCGAUGUGAACGACGAAGAUGAGAUCUUCCAGCUGGUGACAAACCUCGACGAGCAUGCCGAAGAUUCACAUAACUUUCGUUGGCAAUCCGUUGGGACACAGAAAUCCCAGGAUAGGGUUCGAUUCAACUACCGCCAUUUUCUUCAAACCAUCAAACUCAUCAGUGAGGACAUAACUGAAGAGGAUAUUGACAAAGAGAUGUUCCUUGGGGACAAGGAAAAGAUCACCAAGCAACUGAAGAUCUUCAUCAUGUUUGUUGCCAAGUACGGUUGUGGUCGCGCCCAAGGAUCAAGAAUCAGUUACCACGGCUUGGUUGUUUACUGUAAUGCUCUCAUUUUUUGGCACAACAGAAUGGCAAAGACAUAUAACGAGAGUCCUCUCCCCCGCAGUACUUUAUUUGCUAUCACCACUGAGGCGAUGAGGUAUGCCACCCAGGUCUUCCAGCUGCCGGGUACUGCGAAGAUGGACAUGUCCAAGAUCAAGCCAGAGUUCCUCGAUAAACCUGUGUUCCUUGCCGCUGGCCCUCGAGGCCUGAAAAUCACCCAGGAGCCGAUGAGAGCGACUGCCCUCACCACCUACGUCUCUCUUCGAGGCCAGAAGAUUGGGUACUCCCAAGGUCUUACAUUCUACUCUUUCCGCCGGCGUGCAGCUACCGAUCUCACUCGCAAGAUUGGAAAUGAUGCUGCACGGUCCCUUAUGAACCACGAUCCUGAUUUCCGUACGCUCGAAAAGUUCUACCUAUGGUUGGAAGACACCCUAGAUGUCAGCGGUCUGGCUUUAGAUGAGGUUGACGGUGAUACGGGCGGCCAUACCGAGGAAAUGCUCAAAAGUGGCAAUGACCUGGCUAUCCACGUCCUUACCGAUGAGAGAGCCAGAAAGAUUCACGGGCCAGCCCUCAACGCGCUGAUGAGCCAAAUGAUGCUCGGUGAUGAGAACUACCCGGUUCUCGCAUCCCCUAAAGAGCUUCGAAACUACAAGCGAGUGGAUCAACGCCGCGAAAUGAGUCAAACCGACUAUAACGAGCGCGUACGCCGCCUGGAAAGAUCACGCCAUGGUGAGCUUGUUCUGAAGAAGGCCCGACGGAACUUAGCAGCUCCCGAGCCUAUGGAUGAAGGUGAAAGCCCAAGUGAUGAGACUCCUACUGUGGUGGAUCAGACCACUGGUUUAUUCAUCCACGAUGUUGAAGAACUUCCCGAGCAGGACCUGGAUAAUCAGAUCGACAACAUUGGUGAUAAUGAUGUGAUCCACCGAGAGCUUGAUGAAGGCGAACCGGAAGCCAACGAAGAUAUCCCAUACAUUGAGGCUGCCAAGGCACUUAUGCAACUCAUUCUGGAUAACACAAUGAGCGAAUACCGAAAUUUGAGAAAGAAUGGUGUUCCUUGCCCUCAAUGCCGCAAUAAUAAGACAAUUAGCCAGGAACUUAAGAUAUGUAAUACUGCUACGCCUAGCUAAUUCUACU